CUAAAGAAAUAUCCCUUGAAAAGUAUGGCUUUAAUGUUAUUCAGACCUCUGACUCCUCUUUCUUGACUUUCACUAAUACUAUAAUUACUCGUCAAGAUUUGUUCACAUACAUCGGUUCUCUUCAAAAUACUAUAGCUACAGUUACAAGUUCAUUAAAUCGUUUGGAGAAGAAAACUAAGAAAUAUUCUAGUAGUUCAAGUUGUAAAAGGUGCGCACUUCUUCAUAUCAAGCUAAAUGAUACAUAUACGGAACUCAAGAAAAGAAAGUCACAAAAAGAGAUGCUACAAAAAAUUAAAGAUCUCGAAAAGCAU